UCUCUCUCACUCACACACUUCCCGAGUCCUCUGAUCCCUCCACUCGGAGUCCAAGGCCAGGGCGCGCGGGAGGACAAUGGCGACCAACUCCGCCGCGGCCCCCAUCACCCCCGCCGCCGCCGCGCCCCACCUCCACCCCUCGCACCUCCUCCUCCUCCAUGGCCGCCGGGGCGCGGGGCGGCGCGGCGCGGCGCGCGUCGUGCGUGCGGCGGUGUCCGGGGAUGGGGCCGGGAGAGGCGGCGCCCGGACCGGGGCCGGGAGCCCGUCGUACCUGGACAUGUGGAAGAAGGCGGUGGACCGGGAGCGGCGGUCCGCGGAGCUCGCGUACCGGCUCCAGUCGUCGCCGCCCCCGCCGGCGGACCCCGAAGCGGAGGCAUCCGCGCCGGCGCCGGACGUGGCGCGGAGGACGGCGCGGUUCGAGGAGAUGCUGCGGGUGCCCCGCGAGGAGCGCGACCGCGUGCAGCGCACCCAGGUCAUCGACCGCGCCGCCGCGGCCCUCGCGGCCGCGCGCGCCGUGCUCAAGGACCCUCCGCAGCAGAACCCGCCGCCGCCGCCGCCGCCGCCGAUGCAGGAGCAAAAGCCCGGGACGGACGUGGAAUUGGAAGGGUCGGGCGACGGGUUAGGUUCGUGGAAGGCUCCGGGAGGGUCGGAUUGGAGCUCGAGCUCACUGGCGGAGGUCGAGCCACCGCCGGCGCCGUCGCAGUCGGCCAAAGUGCCAAACACUGGGGAUUCAUCUCCUUCCAAGCAGUCAAGUUCCAAGCUUGGUACUCCUGGUCCAGAUUUCUGGUCAUGGUUACCACCAGUGGAAAAUAGCAGUGAACCGAGAGAAAGCAAUACUGGUUUAAAACCAUCAAAGAAAGCCGAGUCCUUCUCCAGUCAACCUGAUUUGUUGGAAAAGGAACGGUCAGCAGACUUUUUGUCACUUCCAUUCGUGACCUCUUUCUUCGAGAAGAAGGAAGAUCGAUCUCUUCCUCCCUUCCAGUCAUUUGCGGAGCCUGAAAAUGUGGAUUCUGAGGUCAAGCCAGCUGCUGAUGCAGAGGAGGUAUUCGAAACACAGUUUUCAAAAAAUGCAGCUGAGGCGGCUAGAGCUCUUAGUACAAGUGAUGAGAAGUCAUCACAUGGGAUAGAUCCAGAUGGUUCGAAGUGGUGGAAGGAGACUGGUGUAGAACAAAGGCCCGAUGGUGUUAUUUGCAAAUGGACUGUUAUUAGGGGAGUUAGUGCUGAUGGAGCUGUUGAAUUUGAAGACAAGUAUUGGGAGGCUUCAGACCGCUUUGAACAUAAAGAAUUAGGUUCUGAGAAGUCCGGGCGUGAUGCCAGGGGCAAUGUUUGGCGGGAAUACUGGAAGGAGUCGAUGUGGGAGGAUUCCACAUCUGGGCUUAUGCACAUGGAGAAGACGGCAGAUAAGUGGGGAAAGAAUGGCAAAGGAGAGCAGUGGCAAGAGCAGUGGUGGGAGCAGUAUGAUUCAAGCGGCAAAGCUGAAAAAUGGGCUGAUAAAUGGUGCAGCCUGGAUCCUAAUACACCGUUGGAUGUUGGUCAUGCUCAUGUUUGGCAUGAAAGGUGGGGUGAGACAUAUGAUGGCAGCGGAGGCAGUGUGAAAUACACUGACAAAUGGGCUGAGCGUUCAGAGGGCGAUGGAUGGUCGAAGUGGGGUGACAAGUGGGACGAACACUUUGACCCGAAUGGCCACGGUGUGAAACAGGGAGAAACCUGGUGGGAAGGCAAAUACGGGGACCGGUGGAACCGCACCUGGGGCGAGGGGCACAACGGCUCUGGCUGGGUGCACAAGUACGGUAGGAGCAGCAGCGGCGAGCACUGGGACACACACGAGCCACAGGAGACAUGGUAUGAGAGAUACCCGCACUUUGGCUUUGACCACUGCUUCGAGAACUCGGUCCAGCUCCGCUCUGUGCCUAAGCAGCCUCCAAAGAAUCUGAAGCCCGGAAAAAGAGUAGAUGCUUAGGAACAUUUCUGCUACCGUCAUAAUCAUCCCUGCAAUGGAGUUAGUAGCUGGCUAAUCAUCCAUGCCCAUCUUCAUUUUUCUUUAUUUUGCUUUAGAGCGCGCCUUGCUUGUACCGGUAGUCCGGUACCAUGACUCGCUUUGUGUCCUGUCCUGAACUGUGAUAAGGUCAAAGUGAAAAUGAUAAGAGUUCUGAGCUAUGGCAUCAAGUAUAUAUGCUCCAAGGCAAUAGAAAGGUUACUGGUCCAAGUAUUUCGAAUUGCUUCUGUGGUCUGUGUUUGUCCCCUUCAGGGAUGCAGGAUGCCUAGAUGGAAGUUCUGGAGGUAAAACUGAAGCCAGGAUGGCUCUAGCUUUUAUGCUAGUUAGCUUGAUAAUAUAGAAGUAGUGAUGUAUAUGUAUGUUACUUCUACUUUUAUGGCUUCAACUUAACAGUCAGGAUUCAAGUGAUGUUUA